UGGGACCUGCCAUGACUCCCCUGACUCCUCCCAUGGCAUGAGCCCGUGCUCUCCUCCCCCCUCCGCCUGCUUUCGGUCUUUCUCCGCUCCUGGGCUGUCAGAUGGGAUAAAACACACCCGGGCGUGUGGGGCUCGGCGCUGCCGCGAGGGAAAGGGGGGAGCGGCGGAGGCAACCGGUGACGGCCGUCGGCUCGCCCGGAGUCGAAGAUGAGCUGGCGGUGGGCUCGCCAGAACCGGAACGGCGGCUCCUCCGUCCUGCUGCUGCUACUGCUGCUGCUCUGGCACUGCUGGGUCCGGCCGGCCGGCGCCGACAACGCCAGCCAGGCGUACUACACCGCCCUCAUCAACGUGACGGUGCUGAGCCCCGAGCGGGGCGGCCCCACGCUGCUGAGGAUCGACCGCGGCCGCUACGGGCAGGAUUCCCCCAAAGUGGAGGUCAAGGGCCUGCUGGUGGCUCCCGUCCCCAUCAACGGAGUUGCAGAUCGUCUGGGCUGUGACCCUCGAACACGUUUCCAAGUUCCACCAAACACCAAGCAGUGGAUUGCUUUACUACAGAGAGGAAACUGUACAUUUAGAGAGAAAAUACUGCGAGCAGCUUCACAUAAUGCCACAGCUGUGGUCAUUUACAACAAUAUAUCCAGUGAAGAACCUGUCACAAUGACUCAUCAAGGAACUGGAGACAUUGUUGCUGUCAUGAUUACAGAAUCAAAGGUUAAGGAGAUCCUGAAUUACUUGGAAAAGAAUAUAUCUGUCCUGAUGGCAAUAGCAGUUGGGUCCCGUGUUCCUCCAAAAAACUUCAGUCGGGGCUCUCUAGUCUUUGUGUCAAUAUCAUUCAUUGUUUUGAUGAUAAUUUCUUCAGCAUGGUUAAUAUUUUACUUCAUCCAGAAGAUCAGGUACACAAGUGCUCGUGACAGGAAUCAGCGUCGUCUUGGAGAUGCUGCCAAGAAAGCCAUUGGUAAAUUGACAACCAGGACAGUAAAGAAGGGUGAUAAGGAAACAGACCCAGACUUUGAUCAUUGUGCUGUCUGCAUUGAGAGUUACAAGCAGAACGAUGUUGUUCGCAUUUUACCAUGCAAGCACGUUUUUCACAAAGCCUGUGUGGAUCCAUGGCUUAGCGAGCACUGUACGUGUCCAAUGUGUAAACUGAACAUUUUGAAGGCACUGGGAAUUGUGCCAAACGUGCCAUGUACAGAUAAUGUAGCCUUUGACAUGGAAAGGCUCACCAGAGGCCAGCCAGCGAGCAGGCGGUCAGCACUCGGUGAUUUUGCCAAUGACAGCUCUCUCAGCCUGGAGCCCCUGCGCACCUCUGGGAUGUCACAGCUUCCACAGGAUGGAGAGCUAACGCCAAGGUCAGGAGAGAUCAACAUUGCUGUGACAAGCAGUCACUUCUUUCAUCGUAACUCUCUGUCCCCUCGAAGCCUGGUCUACGAGAGCGAGUUCUCAACCAUCGAGCCUGCCUUGGACAUGUAUGACGAGAACAAAACCUGAAAGGAAUCCAUGCUCCUUCCUGGCCCUUUUUCCGUUUUUUUCAUUUCUCAUUCCUAUUGUUGUGUACUCUUUCCAUGGAUCUCCUUUGUCUGAAGAAGAGCUGCUUUUUCCAGAACACGAACCCGCCUUCUCGAUUGCAAAGACGAAGACCAGCUGUGGUGGUUUCUGAGGGUGGCAUCUUUGAGCUGACAAAGAGUUGUGCGCAAGCAAGAUUGUCUGAUGGAAAUUGCUGAGUAACAGCAUGGGGAGCUGUGUCGGUCCAGCCGUGGCGAUGCAGAAGAGGUUUUACGGUGGUCCUAAGAAUUUGUGUUGUACUGCAAAUGCGUCUCUUACGUAGGCGUCUGCUGUUUCCAGUUUUUUAAUUGUCCAGGUGGUUGGGCAAUGUCAGAAAGGGAACUGGUUGUAGAGGAGAUGGCCAGUGACUGGUAAAAGCACUCUUAUAUCUCGGUCAAUCCAUAACCUUACUGUGAAAUAGCCCCUUCUGAAAGGGACCUUAAUAAGUGCAUUGAGUUUCCUACAACCCACGUAACCCCAGACAAUAGCAAAACCAGUCUGACAUUAAAGCUGCAGCGAGGACCUGCAUUUGCAGAAAUUUCAAGGAACUUAAUGCUUGGAUUUUUUCUCCAAUGUGAUUGAAGCAGGAGAAAAAUGGUCUACACAGAAUAUACUUUCGGUCCUUCCGUGUGCUCAAGUCAAGUGAGUCUCUUUCUAUAGAGAAGACAGUCAUGGAACCAGCACUUGAUCUACCUGAAAACCAUUAGACUUUUUGAAAUAUGCAGGAAUCUAAUUAGCUUUCUUUCUCACUUAACUUUUUCU